UCCACAGCAUCGGUAACACAUGGAUCGUAACUCAUACUCUAUCCUGGUUAUAAACCCGAAUUCCACUGUGUCGAUGACUAUCAGUUUGGUAGAUGUCGUCGAAUCUCUUAAGUAUAAUGAUACUCGCUGCGAGUACUUCACAGCGCCAUCCGGACCACGUAGCAUCGAUAACGCCUCGGAUGCUACUCUAAGCAUGGAACGAUGCUUGCCCGCGUUGCUCCCAAUGCUGCAACGACAGGAUGCUUUCCUUGUCGCAUGCUACAGCGAGCAUCCCCUGGUGCGUGAGCUACAGAAUCGGACACACCGUCCAGUCGUAGGAAUCCUGGAGGCAAGUAUCGCAGCUGCGUUGCAGACGAUACGGCCUGGGGAGUGUUUUGGGAUUGUCUCCACAGGGGCCGUAUGGCAAGAGCUCCUAACGAUAGCUGUCCAUAAUUUCUUGGGAGGUGAUAGUCAGAAAUUUGCAGGCGUGGAAACAACAGGCCUCUCUGCGGUGGAGUUGCACGAUGCCCCAGCCGAUCUUGUGAAGUGCCGCAUGCAGGAUGCCGUCAAAAGAUUGCUUCGUGGACGGAAUGCCGUGGUCGGGACGAUAUGCCUCGGGUGCGCAGGCAUGGCUGGAUUGGACCACAUAGUCAGAGAAGCCUGCGUACAGGAACUUGGAGAUGAAGGGAGGAACAUCAGGAUAAUAGACGGGGUUAAGGCUGGGAUUGGGAGUCUCCAAACGUUACUCCGCGGGGCUUUCUGA